AUUACUAUCACUACAGCAAGCUAAUAUGGAUAAAGCCAGUCGUGUACUGGCCGAAGGUGUCCCCGAAGGCAUACCUAACACCUGGUCUGCGCGAGCCGCACACGGCAACCAGUACCUUACACCAUGCGAAGAGAACGCUGUCGUCAAUUUCCUAUUACAUAUGACUUCUCUAGGACAAUCUGUACGAAUGAAGUAUGUAGAGUCACUAGCGUUCAGUGCAACCUACUGUCGGGCUCGAGCGGAUAGACCACAGAAGCCUCCGGGCGUUAACUGGGCUAAGGCACUCGAAAAACGCCGCCUAGAGAUCGUAGCGAGAAAGAAGCGGGCGCAGGACUGGAACCGGUUUAAUAUCUAUGACAAGGUCUUAGACUAG